CACUUCUUACAGUGAAGACGAUCAUGGGUAACUGGUAGGAUCACUUCAACUAUAGGUCUUUCUUUUUCUUAGAACUACUAAAUAAACUAAAAUAUUCUUCUUUUUGAUGGUAUAUUGCAGGGAAAGUGCAGCUAUUUCGUCCAGGAUUGAUCCUUUCUGUUUCCGGUACAUUUUAGGGUUCAUUCCGUGCUUUCCGUUCAGGAUGGAAAUGGGUCCUUGUUCAACUCAAGACAUGUUGAAUAAUCUGCCAGAAAGUAUACUAGAAAACAUCUUUUCACGUUUGUCAAUGAGAGAUGUCGUGAGGACCAGUGUCCUAUCGACUAAGUGGAGAUACAAAUGGAUUUCAAUUCCACAUCUCAUAUUCAAUGAUGAAUGUAUACCAGUUUCUAAUGGUUCACUUCAUCAUAAUAAACUUGUGAAAAUUAUCAAUCAUGUUCUCCUACUUCAUAGAGGCCCAAUUCUGACAUUCAAGAUCUGUAGUUCGCAGUUGCAAACCUGUCCAGAGAUAGAAAGUUGGAUUCUUUACCUCUCAUCAAAUUCUUUGACAAAAUUUGAACUUCAGGUUUCUAAAUCCGAGCGUCAUAUUGUUCCUCCACGUUUAUUCUCCUUUAGACAACUGAUUCAUCUAAAACUGGUUGGUUGUGUAAUUGUGCCUCCUGUAAGCUUCAAAGGCUUUAGCUGUCUCACAAGUCUGGUUUUUCAAAAAGUUACACUCUCUGAUCCGACAUUGAAAUGUUUGGUUUCUACCUGCCCUCAACUAGAAAGGUUGACAUUGAUUGAUAUCGAUGGUCCUAUUCUUAUUGAACUUAGCAAUCCAAAACUCAAGUACUUGCAUAUCUAUGGAGAAUUCAUUGCUAUGUGCCUCAAAGAUUUGAGACUUUUAGAUUAUGCAAGAUUUUAUGCAACAACUGUGGCUCGUCCUGACCAACGGAGAACCUGCAAUAUUAGCAACAUUCUUGGCUCUCUACUCGGUAUUCAAAAGCUUGUCAUGGGAGGCUGGUUUCUACAGGUAAUAAAACCUUGUGAUUUUCAUAUUUACUCAGCAAUUGGCACACAAUCUUUUACAUUUACUUUUGCUUUCAUUCUAUUACAGUCUUUAGCUGUUGAUGAUGUGCCUAGGAGGCUUCCUUCUACUUAUGAUCAUUUGAAGAGCAUAUCCUUACCAUUAAAUGCGAAGGAUAUGAAAGAGAUUUUAGUUGCUAUAUAUUUACUUAAUAGCUCCCCUAAUUUGCAAGAGCUUGAAAUCUUGCUCUGGCAUAAUAGGGAUUCUGCAAUUGUUCCUGUCAUGGAUCUGCAAAAAGCAAAGGAUCAGUUGAAGUCUACAUUCAACAAACUUCGGGUUGUGAAAUUUUCUAAACUCUUUGGCAUGGAAAUUGAAUUGGUACUCAUUAGAUUUAUCCUUGCCAAUUCGCCAGUGCUUGAGACGAUGAAUAUUAUUCCUAGAAAAAACGGCAUUGAAGAAUUAUUGUUAAAACAGUUGCUUCAAUUCGAAAGAGCUUCGCCACUAGCAGAAGUUGUGUGCUUGGACCCUGAAACUUGAUAGAAGUGAUCCAAGUUGAUUAACACUUGAGCUCCGUUCAAGCCACCCCGCCCUUUUUUUAAGUGUCUUAGCAUUAGGUGUGUCUGUGGUCAAAUGUGUAUGUUGAAGAUCAUUCAUGUUGCCAAUUGAAACGAGUGACCAAGGCUUGAUUUUCAUAGUUC